AGACUCCUAAUUGGAACUGAAAGUGCAAUUACCCCAAUUGGAAAGUGCAAUUACCCCAAUUGGAAAUGUAUUAGAGCUAUGUCACUGGAUCAUUUGUGAACCUCUUACUCUGUUUCCCUUUUCGCUUAGUAAGUGUGGUAACGGAGGUUGUUUUGCUUAUCAUAGGCAUUCGUAUACUAAUUUAGUUCAUGCUGGCAGCCGCUGAGGUUAGGUUUUAUGUUAGCACUCUAAGCAUUAAACGAAUGGCCGAUUAUUUCCAGAUGAAGGUGUGUUGGAAUCUAUGUGUGUUGAAUUCAAUACAUAGGCAUUAGCUACAUUGAACGAAAUGAGAAUUUAAGAGAAGAACCUUGACAUGACUUUGCAGGAUCAUGUUCCAUCAAGCCAGUGUCAACUCUCUUGAAAUUUUGGAUGACUGUUCGCCUUCGUUAGUUUUUGUAAAGACAUGAAUUUUAUGAAGGUUGUUGCACUACAACAAGUAGUAGUUGUGGAAACAACCUUUCCUAAACCCAACGCCAAUUGGUCUUCCUAAAUCCAACUAUCCCCCCUUUCUUGUCUGAAUCAAUGGCAGCCUGCACAGGCGAUCGAGAUCGAUUCCUCUAUCCAUUUCUUCCUCCUCCGUCUGAUAAUCUUACACACGGGCGAUUGAGGGCAAAAUUUUACGCCCAGAACUCCAAGAGUACACAUUUGGCCAAGCAAAUUAAGAAACCCUAGAUUCUAUUCGAUGUACUCCGUAGCAGUGGGGAAGAAGGGACAUGGACGGUGAGGUAGUUCCUUGGAAUCGAAUUGGGAUCAGAUAUUUCAAGAGAAGCAAAGUGGUAAGGAGUCGGAGCGAUUACUCAAACCUUUUCUCUCCCUGGUAUUUUCCUUUCAAUUUCUUCGUAGCUCUGGUUUCAAUUUCUACUCCUUUUUUCGAUUUCUUUUUCCAGGCUCGGUUUCUCACUCUUCAGACUCCAUCCAUGGAUGUGCAAUGUGCACUCCGAUGACAGUGAUGGCAAAAUAUGACUCUGGCUUUUUCCCGACACCUAUCUUUUCUAUUCUCCUUUCUUUCUCUCUUGAAUAGAUUGGUGGUAUCCUGACAUAUGACUGAUUUUUGCUUGCUUUCAACUAUGUUUUGAAUUUGAUAAGAGCCAAAGAUACUCUGUUGUCUCUUCGAGCGUGGCUUAUGAUUGACAUGAAACUUGAAUUGCAGGUCUGGAGGGCCUUGAUUUUCUCUUUGUGGUAGUUAGUCAUUAGGAUACUUGGAGGAUUGCAGCAAGGAGUCAAAAGGGAGUUGCCCUUCAAUCGAAAAAUGUUCCAUCGGAAACCCUAGCUCAUAGGUUAUAACUAAUGACAUAUCAUUGUUGGAAGAUUUUUGCACUGAAUGCUUGAUUAGCUGCUGCUGAGAGCAUGAGCCACUAUGUCAAUUGAUAUUACUUAGGUGAAGCUCAACGAUAAUGGAAAGGGACAACUUUAUUUUGGCAUGUGUCUUUGAUGACUACCAAAAUUCAGUUCAACAGCUUGGAAUAUGAGAUGAAGGUACUCUUUUCCCACAGCUUAAACUUCUCUCUGUUUGUAUAAUUUUUGGUGUAAAACUUCCAUGCAAGAUGAAUGUGAUUAUGUCAAGUUAGGCAAUAACCAAUGAAUUCAUAAAGGGAAGAAGGGGGUAGAGUAGUAAUAUCAGCUGUGAUGUUGCUGCUAACAUGCCUAAGUUUGCAGAUUGCUCGAAGAGAUAGAUCAAAAUCCUUUUACAUUUCUCCUCUUUUUUUCAAUCUUCCAUUUUACAUUUUGCCUCAUGGAUGAUUACUGAAUUACCUCAAAAUCUGGUGUGCUAGCCUUGAUAGCGGAGAAUGUGAAUGGUCGUGCCAUUUUUAGGGUACACAAGCUUUUGGAUUCGAGUUUACUAUUCCAAGGUAGAGACUUCACUCUUCAGUCUCAUUACUACUAGUAAUUUAAACUGAUGUCCUCAUAAGGAGUUCAUGGUUUGUUCCCUCUACAUGGUCAUUCCAUUGAGUUGAUGCACUUCAUUGCUUGCUUGCUAUAAAAGGAUUCCAGAUUAUCUCAUAAAGGGAUUUGCUCUCGGUAAUCUGUUUUGGCGUUCUGAUUUUCACAAACAGUCUUCAGAAGAACAACUCGGUAAGAGAGCAGCAUGACCUCCAGUUGCUGCAGGGACGUUGGCUGGUGAGCUUCAAAGAAUUACAAGUUAUAUGUAGUUUUGAUAACCGGUUACUUUGAAUUUAGAGCUGAUAUGAAUUUGUCUCUUCAAGCACCACCAGUUUGUUAUGAGGUUUUUAAAUCUAAAGAAUCAUACUCUUACCUACUUUCUACUAAAAGAAAAAGAGUUAUGCUCGAAGUUCAGCUUUAGUUGGCUUUGGACAACUUGGUUUUAGAUUUAUCUAUUAUUGUUUUGGUCAAUGUGCAGCUUUAGGAAAUUGAUAGAGGAAGUAAUCAACUUAUAUUAUGUCAUCAGCAGUGGCUCGGAAGCUCUAGAAAGUUUAUAUGUUUUGAUUUUGCACAAUAUAUCAUUACAUUUAUUGGAUCAAUCUCAUACUCUUCUCUGUUUAACUAUGGUAGCGACGGUAAUAAAAAAAAAACUAUGGUAGCGACGAAGAUUGAUUUUGCAAUACACAAAUGGAAGCCAUAUUUAGUAAUUAGCUUACUUUCACACUUUUAUAUCUUUUAUAUUAGGAUCACUUGCAAGAAUGCGUUCGAUGAGUUGUCAUUGUUCACUGAAGUUGCAUAUCUAAAGCACCAACAAAGUGAAAAUAUUUUAUUGGAGACUGUUCAGUUGUCUUAUGAUAGAAUGUGUGAACAUCUAAGUUGGACUAUGCAACCACCUACAUAUAGAAUGUCAAAUAUUCCCGCCACGGAGUGCGGGUCAGAUAGCUAGUAAGUAUAGAAGAAGCUUUAGAACUAAACCAUAUCAGUGUUUUAACUGCCCAGGUAGAGUCCCUGAACUUAUUCCAAAGAUCUCAAGUGGAGGUGAUGGAUGAUGGGAUCAAGUAUAGGGGUUACCUUGUGUUUUCCCCUUUGUUCUGCCUUACUCUUUUUGGGUUUCCUGUUGUGUUCAGGGUGAUGUUUUGGUAUAUCUCUGUUCCAUUCUUAUGACUAGAAAUCUCAUGAUGUCAAAAGAAAUUCUUUGUGAUGUUGGUGUGAAUACCUGAGCCUGCAGAUUCAGAAGCAAGAAAAAGAAAGGUGGUGUAGCAUUGGAAGCAACUAGAGUCUACAGCCAUAGCUUCUGAUUUCCUUCUUUUUUUCUCUUUGAGAAAACAUCCAAAAAGAGCUACAUGGAUGGAAUAUUUCCCAUCCAAGUUUAGAAUUGAAGGAGACAAAACCUGGGAAUCUUCAAUAUUUGUGUGCAACUUUAUAUUGAAAUGCAUUGCUUUCUUUUUUAUCCUUCCAACUAUAUUUACCAAAAGUUGUGUGCAAUUGAUACUCAUUAGGAUGCUUGCAUCUGAAGCAUGUUGAAUGGCUUAUCUGCUUUAUCUUUGAUUCCAGGGCAGUGUGCUCACAUUUCAAUAUCCUGCUUUGCUGAUCUGUUCACAUUCCUCUUUGCAUCUCACCUCAUGGCUACUGAAUCUCUCUCUCUCUAGGGAACCUAUGACUACCCAUUCCAGUCGCCAGCCAGUUCUCGUUCGGAGCGCCCGGAACAAUGCUCGAUCGAUGAUGAGUCUCUCGAACACCGGCGAACAUGACGUUGAGGGAAAGAAAAUAUCUGAACCAACUGUGGAAUCUAGGCAAGGGAAGAGGAGCACUGUAAUAGGUAACCAAUAUGGAACGGUGUGGGAAAGUUGUUUGCUUUUCCAUGUUUUUCACCGUACCAUUUUUCCCACCACCACCACCACCAAUGGUCCACCAUUCUUUUGUUACUUUCUUCGAGUGAGGAAAGAUCCAAAGUGAGGUAGAAAUGGGAACAAAAAUAAUUGAGUAGUGUGCAGAAGUAAAGGGACCCUCUCUCUCUCUCUGUCUCUCUUUCUCUCUCACUUCAGCAGCAGCAGCAGCAGGUAAGGGAAUGCAUGUCUUUCUUUUGUAUAAUGAAGCAGCAGAACAGAACAGCCAUGGAUGGACGCGGAUGUAUCGCGUCCAGAUUUCUAGGGAAACAAACAGAAAACAAGACAAAAGCGCACAUAAAUCAGGGCUAGCUGGGGACUGGAAGCAAGGAUGGACCAGGAAGAUGACAAUGGCAAAGUUGGCCUAGAUUUCAGCAGCUACAAAGUUCUCUCGUCAUAUUGUCACGUUACAUAACACCCUUCACCAUUCACCUUUUUAACAGGGAGGAGGACCAUUCACCAUCUCCAUCUGCACCUCCUUCAUUGAUCAGCAUUCAGUAGUAGAAAGAAAAGACACCAACUUUGUUGUUUCCUAAAAUUGUUGUUUACUGUUGUUUGUUAUUAUGAGCUUCCAUCAUCCAUUGCUGUCCACACAUCACAUGUGAAUCCUGUUAAGAACAUGAAAUGGCAUAUUUCGCCUCUCCUCUUCUUCACCCUCUCCCUCUCCCUCUCCAAUCAGACUAUUCCUGACAAAAGUUGUUUCAACAAAAUCCCACAAAUGUCAAAUGGGUUCUGUGGCCUUUUCACCUCCCUCCUUUCCCAUCUCCACCAACUACCUCCCCUAGAUGAUCAAGGCAUCAUGUCAUGCCGACACCGUUGGAUCGAUCGUAUCGUUGAACGGUGAAAGCAUUAUUACAAGGAAAACGAAAUUAUUCAACCAUGCCAGCUCGUAUUAAUCCUUAUUCAUCAACAUGACAAUCAAACGGCAAGUAAAAGAGGAAAAAGGGAGCGAAAUGUGGCAUCUUCCUUCCGAAUGCCAAUUUCUAUCAUUACCAAAAUAGUACGGUUGAACCAUUUUCAAAUAAAACGCGUUUGAAGCG